CCCAGGCGCCAGGCCACUGCUGCCGUGGGCCCAGGCUCGCGUCAGAGCCGAACAGCAGGCCGCCGCCGUCGCUGGAGUCCUUGGAGGCGACUCCUCCCGCCACUCGCUGCGGAAAGACUCCAGGUUCAAAGGAAAAAAUUAAACAUGAAAAUUAUAAUUGAAUUGCAAUCUUGUAUUGGUAUAAAACAUAUCAGCAAAGAAGAUGUCUGAAAAGGAGAGUACUUCAGAAGAGCUAGAGGAUCUCACUAGUCAAUUUAGGAAAGAAUCUAGAUCACGGUUAGUGGAGAAAUCUGGAGUUAUUAAAGAAACAUCAAACUCUCUAAAGGAAGCUUCUGAUGGGACCACUUCCAACCAAAUUUGUAAAGUGCGUCCUAGAAAAAAUACAUUAGGUAUAUGUGAUGAUACAUCAACAUCCUCCUCUGGAAGUAAGUCUAAGAGAAAUGAAGAACAAAGGAAAACUCUUCAAUUUUCUGAAACAAUUGCUACAUAUGACAGUUUGCAGUCAAAAAGUGAAAUUUCACAAAGUUCAUCACUAUCAGUAACUAAGAUGAGUGCUGAAUAUCAGGCUUUCGUUGACUCCCUAACUCAUGAAACAUUAGAAAAAAUUAGUCCACAACUCUCUGAAGAAAAUCAGAAAGGACUUGGCUUAGGAUCAGAUAAGUUUACAGUUAACCUCAAAGCCAAGGGUUUACAAGAAUUCCCUAAGGACAUUUUAAAAAUCAAGUAUGUAAAAUAUCUCUAUUUAGAUGAGAAUGAAAUCAAAACUUUUAAAGGGGCAGACUCCAGUGAUCUGCUAGGACUUGAAAUUCUAACCAUGCAAGAAAAUGGGUUAUCAUCACUUCCAUCUGAAAUUCAGUUACUUCAUAAUUUAAAGCUAUUAAAUGUCAGCCACAACCAAAUAUCACAUAUCCCUAAAGAAAUAUCACAGCUUGGGACUAUCAGGCAACUGUUUUUAAAUAACAAUUGUAUUGAGGAUUUUCCUUCUGGCUUGGAAAGUCUUGGAAACUUGGAAAUUUUAAAUUUGGCUAAAAAUAAGUUAAGACAUAUACCAGAUACUCUCUCUAGUUUGAAAAACUUGAGGGCUCUCAAUCUGGAAUAUAAUCAGUUAACAGUAUUUCCUAAAGCUCUGUGCUUCCUUCCAAAGUUAAUUUUACUAAACCUUUCUGGAAACCUGAUAAACAGUUUGCCAAAAGAAAUUAAGGAACUUAAAAAUUUAGAAAUACUUUUACUUGAUCACAAUAAACUUACCUUUUUGGCCGUGGAAAUUUUUCAGUUGCUCAAAAUGAAAGAACUCCAACUGACAGACAAUAAAUUGGAAGUUAUUUCACACAAAAUUGAGAAUUUUAGGGAACUUAGGAUUCUAAUACUUGAUAAAAAUUUAUUGAAAGACCUACCAGAGAAAAUUUCCCACUGCGUAAUGUUGGAAUGCCUUAGUCUUAGUGAUAAUAAGUUAACAGAACUUCCUAAGAACAUACAUAAGCUUAAAAAUUUAAGAAAACUCCAUAUAAACAGAAAUAAUAUCGUGAAAAUACCUGAAUAUAUUUCACAUCUUAAUAAUAUGUUCAGCCUAGAAUUUUCAGGAAAUUUAAUCGCAGACUUUCCUAUUGAAAUAAAAAACUGUAGAAAAAUAACUAAAGUUGAAUUGAGUUAUAAUAGAAUAAUGUAUUUUCCACUAGGUUUGUGUGCUUUAGAUUCUCUUUAUUAUUUGGGUUUUAAUGGAAAUUAUAUUUCAGAAAUACCUGUAGAUAUAUCUUUCAGUAAACAACUGCUUCAUUUAGAAUUUAAUGAAAACAAACUCCUAAUAUUUUCUGAGCACUUAUGUUCUCUUAUUAAUCUUGAAUACCUUGAUCUUGGUAAAAACAAAAUAAGGAAAAUUCAACCAUCUAUUUCCAAUAUGGUAUCGCUCCGUGUUCUUAUUUUAUGCUGUAAUAAGUUGGAAACUUUCCCCAUAGAAGUGUGUACUUUAGAAAAUUUGCAAGUACUUGAUCUUUCAGAAAACCAAAUACAGACUAUUCCUUCAGAGAUCUGUAACUUAAAAGGAAUCCUGAAAUUAAACAUCUCAAGCAAUCAAUUUAUAUGUUUUCCUAUUGAACUUUGCCAACUUCAAUCACUGGAAGUGCUGAAUAUAAGCCAGAUAAAUGGGAGAAAGUUAACAAGACUUCCGGAAGAGCUGUCUAAUAUGACUCAACUUAAAGGACUUGAUAUCUCAAAUAAUGAAAUCAGAGAGAUGCCAAGAAAUAUAGGGGAGCUGAGAGGUUUGGUUAGUUUAAAUGCAUACAACAAUCAAAUAAGAUAUCUGCCACCAUCUUUUCUAUCUUUAAAUGCUCUCCAGCAACUAAACUUGAGUGGAAAUAAUCUGACAGCUCUGCCUAGUGGUAUCUACAAGCUUUUUUCACUGAAGGAGAUAAAUUUUGAUGAUAACCCUUUGCUGAGACCUCCAGUGGAAAUCUGUAAAGGAAAACAAUUGUGUACUAUUGCAUGCUAUCUACAGAGGGCAGAUGAGAGAGAUGAGAAAAUCUUAGCAAAGAUCUUCAAGAUAGUUGCCAACAAUAUUACUGAAACAAAUUUUCAAUUUUUGUGUCAAAAACUAAACCUGGCAAUCACAGAAACUGAUAAGUCUACAAUGAGCACUGUUUCAUUAAGUGAGAGAGUCCACCGAACACUUGAUAAGUGGAAAACGGAAAAUAACAACUUGUCAGUAACCACUGCUGCUCUAAGAGACCAACUAACUCGGGCACUAACUAUGAUAGGAGCAUAUGAAAUUAUGGACAAAAUAACAGCUUUAAAACUUUUUACAUGUGCAGUUAAAUUCUGAACAGUGUAUCCAGAAUAAGAACUGAGAACUUAUGAUGCACUUAUAUAAUUGAAACUGGAUACAAGAGAAUUGCACAUCAUGUUUCUUUUCAUGUAUUCCUAAGAGAUGAUGACAAUUUACGGCUACCACUCUAGUGUCAUCAUAAUAAAAUAUUACAGACACAAUUUUAUGUAUUUAUUCUGUUGCCUCUCUACCCUUCCUUCAGAGAUACAGAUAUAAAGAAGCUGUUCUUAAGCUAAUAUAAAUCCUUAGGCACUCUUAUCCCUACUGGAAAAAGUUUAAAAAUAGAGGAGGAUUGGAGGCAUAGGCAUUAUACUUGUCAACCAAUAUUUCAUGUUGCACUUCCAAAACAACAACAAAGACAAUAAAAUAAUAUGGUGCUUAAAUCCAACCUGCAAGAUUAAGUCCUUUGUUUAAUUUGGUCUCACAUCACAAAGUUUCUGUAUCUUUUAAGUAGAAAGUUAUAAAGUUAACAAAAACGGCACUAUGUCUAGAAUAUUCUUAAAUCACUUGGAAACCCAAUACACUAGUUUGAGUGAAAAGUGAAGAAUCCAGAAGUAUCAUUAGUUUCACAUGUGGCUGGUGUGAUGGUUAAUGUUCUCAGCUGGCGGCAAGGUACUUCCAUAGAACAUUGAAAUGGGAAGGAUCUUGGAAACUAUCAUUUUACAAAUAAGAAAAUUAAGACCUAGAAUAACUAAGUGAUAUAAACCAGGUUCUCUACCCUUCGUUCAGAGAUACAGAUAUAAAGACCAGAAAAUUUUCUAGGGGUAACUUUGGUCUGAAGAGAGAAAGAGAGAGAGAGAGAGAGAGAAAGCUGGAUAACAUCAGAACAAUGAAAGCACUUUCAUUGUGCCCAGCUCUUAUCGUUUCUUGCCAUAUUGCCUUUUAAACGGAUGUCCUAUCCUAUAGACUCACCCAAACCAUACUGUAUUUUGCUGCCAGAUUUAUCUUUUAAAAACACAGAUCUAACCAUAUCAACCUCCUGAUCAAAAUUUAAAAUUAUUUCUUUUAUAGCCUAGAUCACUCCAUUCUUUCCCCGUUAUUCUCCAGUCAAGCCAAGCUUUUCGAAACUCCUCAAAUAUGCUAUGAACUCUCAUUCUCUCGUUUGCCUUUACUCUUAUUUCUGCAUGGAACAUGUUCUCCUUUUCUCUGAAUACCUACCUCUCCUGGCUAAUUUCCAUGCAUCUUCCCUAAGACUUAGCCCAGAUCAUAUCCUCUCCCCUCUCCCUGAGAUCAAAUCUUGGAACAAAAAUAAGAUUUGCAAUGUAAUUACAAAAGUAUCUAGAAAAUAAUGGUUAUGAGAACUUAUUUCUUUAAUUAUUAUGCUAUACAUAUAUUAUACAAUAAUAUUCAUAACAUUAGUAAUGAAAGAAUAAAAGCAAUUUGAAAUAAUUAAGCAUAUACUAGAGCAAAACAUGACUCAAAGACCAAAUAUAUUAAAUCUAUGACAGGUGAAAUUUAAA